CUUGUGGUCACUUUAAUAAUUAUGACAAAUGGCAGCAGACUGAACAAGUUCCAACAUCACAGAUUUUCCCGUGUGUUUUCUGCGAAUGUCCAAACCCACCCGAGUCCUGACGCCCUACUUCAACUGAAGAAGGAGAAAAGAUUUUGUAAAAAUCCAAGACCAUAAACAUCAGGGUAUAACUAGCUGUCUGUACUAUUGUGUCUGUACAUCACAGACUGGAUCGGCUUCUACAAUGCCGCGGUUUAAAGGAACAACACUCUUACGACAAGGAUCGGACCGGAAGAUGGCAUUGAAGGAGAAGAUCUUAGACAUUUAUGAUGCAUUUUUUAAGGAUCAGGAUCCGUCCAGAGGCAAUGCAAAUUUCUGGGAUGAAUUGUUCCUCCUCAAGGCAAAUGUGAAGUAUAUUGAGAGUGAACUUGGAGCCAUGGAUCCUCAGAGGUUACUUAAGCUCAAGGAGAAUAUCAACAUGUUGUUUUAUCACAGUGUAGUUGCAUUGAGGGAGGAUCACCCCAUCAGAUUAGUCAAUGCAUUACAGACACUGUGUGCUUUAGUGAGAGGGGUUCAUAAAAAGACUUUAUCGGACCAUGGCUUCGACGUCAUCAACAUCCUGAUUGGUUUUGAUGCAGCUGAAAGUCUCAUGACGAAUUUGGUGGAGAGGUUAAAUUCCAUUCUUACCGGCGUCUACUCUGUCAGUCUCAAGAAUCUGGCUCUCAGACUUCUCCUCGUCUUAGCCACGGUGACAGAUAACGUGAGUCAAAACACCAUUCUGGAAUAUCUGAUGAUAAACAGCGUGUUUGAAUCUAUUCUACAGAUAUUGGGAAACCCUUCAUCAAGGCAGGAGCAUGGGUACGAAGCAGUAUUACUUCUCACUCUUCUCGUCAACUACAGAAAGUAUGAGUCGGCCAAUCCUUACAUUGUCAAGCUAUCUAUUAUGGAUGAUGAACUGGCACUCACAGGACUUGGUGCUGUUAUUUCUCUAACACUAGCAAGUUACAACAGUCAGUUCAAACUAGAGCAAGAUGAUACUGCAUACACUGGUUGGUUUUCAGCCAUUACGAACAUGGUGGGCAGCAUGUUUGUUGCUGAUACAAAUGGUCACACGCAAACAAGAAUCGAUCCUGACAAUUGCAUCCUGCUUGCUUUGUAUGAAGCCGUACAUCUCAACAGAAAUUUCUUGACAGUACUGUCACAUAAUCAUGCCCAGCCAAUGCAGCCAGUUCCCUCAACCUCUUGCCCACCAUCACCCCCGGCAGUGCCAAGUGCUGCACAGAGUCUCCAUCCAGAGGGGUCAUUACCAGCUGCCACUGAAACACCCACCAAUAUCCUGGUCACAUUUCUCACAUACUGCUCUAUGGUCAUGCAAGACCUAAAAGAGGAGCGGAGACAGAACAACACCAAACUGUGUAUUAUAAUUCUCACAUGCAUUGCUGAGGACCAGUACGCCAACUCAUUCCUACAUGACGCCAAUCUGUCCUUCCGUGUUCCACUAUUCAGAGCUCCAAUGAGGCAUAGGAAAGCAUCAACAGAGAUGGUAUGGGCAUCCAGACCGCUGGCUUGUGCAGUCUUAGAUUUAAUGGUUGAGUUUAUAAUGAGUCAUAUGAUGAAGUGUCUUCCACUGGAUCUUUACCUGAGAUGUACCGGAGUGAUCCAUAGAAUCCUAUGCUAUCAGAAGAAAUGCAGAGUACGGUUACACUAUCCAUGGAAAGAGGUUUGGACAGCUCUGAUUAGCUUGUUGAAGUUUCUCCUUUCCAAUGAAUCUUCGCUGGUCGGUAAAUGCAACAUAUUUGAACUCUCAUGUCAGGUGGUGAAUUUAUUCAACCUCUUCAUCACAUACGGCGAUACCUUCCUCCCAACCCCUGGCAGUUAUGACGAGUUGUACUAUGAACUCAUCCGCAUGCAUCAAGUCUUUGAUAAUCUUUACUCCAUGGCUCUGCGUCACUCAACCAACAAUGGAGAAUACAAGAUUACAGCAAACAGAUUAACAAGCAGUCUAGUAAAUAUCAGAGCAAUCAUCAAUCAUUUUUCACCCAAAAUCGACUCUAAGUCAGCAGCCAACAAACAAGCAGCUCUCACAGAGGAACAGGUACUGGAGGUUGUUCGAACAAACUACGACACCCUAACGCUGAAACUACAGGACAGUCUGGACCAGUACGAACGAUACGCUGAGAAACCCAAGGAAACCGCCUUCUUCACUCUACUUGUACGUGCCAUCAUCGGUGACUUCCGCAAGAAUGUUGUGGUCAGCAACUUAGAACAGCAGAGCGUCUUACAAGAGUUCUCCACCAUCCAAUAGCGGAAUACGACAGACUGGUCAGUAUCAACUCCAGGGGGCGCUUUUGUAUGUAUGAUGUUGGGUGAUUGAUUCGCAACUGUACUUGCAAAUCUGAACGGAGCUGUUCUGCUUUGUGGCAAAGUCUUGCACACAUCUGUGUGGCAAACUUCACCUUUCCCAUUGGUUGUAGUAUUAUCAUUUUGCCGUACACUCUUGUCACGGUAUUCAUCCCUUGUGCUGCUGCUUCCCAGGUUGUAUCCUAAACUCGGAUGUGAUCCCUAGCUGCAAGGUAGUUACAUGCUGAACAGCAUAAAGCCAAUUACAUAGAACUACUUAAUAGUAACACACACCUUCGCUAAGCACAGACAAACCCUACUUAGCAGAAGCAGGCUACCAGCUAAAUAUCCCUUUGCAAUCAUUGCUGGAGACUGAUUCCUCACCACUUUUUGCUGUAGAAAUAGAAUGUGUAUAAAUGUAUAUAGGGUUGUAUGAAUUUGGGCCUUUAUGGUGUUUAAUAGAUUGAAUGACAAUGCAAACAUUUAAAAUGUUUUCUUUAAUAUUAUUAUAACUUUAUUUUCAUUGAGUUGCCCAUUAUAGAUAUAAUUCUAUGUGAUACAAUAUGCACGAGAAAACUGUUGCAAACUGCUUACCAACCGAAUGGACCUAUGGUAUAAAUGCAAAAAACAGUUAAUGGUUUGACAUUUCUACCCUAGCAGAGUCCUUCUCGAAGAGCUUCUAGCCUUUGAGAAAGACUCUUGUGUCGUGAAAAGCCAUUAACACAAAUUAUUUGUACACAUUUUUAGUAUAAAAUAUGUACCAUAAAUAAUAUCUCAUAAUCCAUAGUAAUAUAACACUAGUAUUUAACUGUCAUGAAAGAAAUGCUUCAAACUGAGUUUUUUUCACAGGUGCACUAUUUAGGUGUGCACCAAACAAACUUUUGUGCUUGUAACUUAUGUUUGUGAAGCAACUUUCAGCACAUCACCAGGAUAAUAAUAAAAGUAAUAACAUCUCUACAUUUAUUCGCUAGAUCAUUCUUUGUAUAUGGCCCCAAAAUGUGGAAUACACUUCCUACACAGAUCAGAAAUGCCAGCUCACUCACCUCAUUCAAGACACUCCUUAAAGCUCACCUGUUCCAGCAGGCUUACUAACCAUUCAACUGUGCCUCAGCGCCUUAGAACAAACUCUUGAUUUUGCCGCUCUAUAAAUGACCUUUGAUUGAUUGAUUGAUUGAUAGCUCUUUUUACAAUUGAAGGUUAUCUAAAAGCACUCAUUAUUUUUUCUACUGGUAUGCAGAGCUAUGUUUGGAAUUAUAAGACCUAUUAUACAUAAUUAUAUUUAUACACGUAGCACUUAAGUUUAACUGAGUCUAGUCAAACAUGAAAAAAAACAUCCUGGCAAUGACCUUCUCUAAACAAUUGGUUUAUUGGAUUCUAUUACAUACAUUACUCUACAAAUGGGACCUCUACAUCUCAUCUUAAGGUCAAAGCAAUAAUGGUUGAGUGUGUUUCUUAAGGAUUUCAAAAAUGGGACUUGAACCCGCAGUCUGCUGAUCAGAAACACCAGAGCUUGAGUGUGGUGCUCUUGACCGAUCGGGCAUGGCACGCCAUAACGACAUAUGAUGUACUGAUAAAGUGCCUUUGAAUGUUCAAACAUAUUCUCAUUUAUAUUGACAUCGUAGUGAAUUCCUUGGGUGGCUGAACUGUUCAUUGUGUCUAUAUAAGGGUUCAUGUCUUAUAAAGUAAAGCAACAUGCCUGCCGUCUAUUUUAUCAAACUCUUCCUAACUUAGGAUUAAUCUUAGGACUUGGGCCAAGUUAAGUUCCCCAGCCAUAGACGUUUGGGCGCAUUGAAGUUAGGACGAGUUACCUGUCAUAACUCCAGAUAGGAUUCAUCCUAGCAUUUUGUGAAAUCGGCAGCAGGCCAAAGGAGUUUGAUACACUCCUCGUAGCCUGCCCUAUUUAAUCCUGUGAUUAAGAAAUAAAGCCAGGCAUCUGCAGAGCAACUCUGGCUUCAAUUGUCAAGCCCAAGGGGGAAUCAUGUAGUGGACCCUUCACCUUUUCUCAAUGGCUUCAAUGUAUCAGAGAGACCAACUAGAAGGAUCUCUUGAGUUUCUGAGGACCUAUGGGCUGUAUUAUAAAGAUGCAGUUAUUUUAUAUAUCAGUGAUAUCCUGGUGCCUUGAGGAGUUCGGCCCUCCCACUACAAAACAUCCUCCAAAUUUUUGAUUUCUUAUUAUUAUACGAUCAGUCUUGGGUAAUCAGUCCUCUUGUUUUGGGUAAUUGCCUCAAAAUAACAAAUCGAAAGCAGUUAUCUUUUUCUGUACAUACAUGUAUAUGUUUUUAAUAACGAUUUUGUACAAGUCAGAAUCACAUUCGAGAAGAUGGUAAUAUUCAGAUAAAACAGUAUUUGGGAAUACUUAAAUUAUUUAAAAUGAGUCAAAGUGUAUUAAAAACGUCCCGGAUACCACAUUUUUGUUUACCUCAAGCAAACACAAUUUGUCAUUUUUCUUCCGUUUUCUAUCAAUCUGUUUACACAAGUUUCUAUCUAAAUAAAGAACUCAAAUAUAUAACUUGAGAUGACUAAUUGCUAAGUAAGACUAAAAGGGUUGCACUGUGGAAAGACAAUCGUAAAAAUUUCUGUUUCACCAUGUAGAUGGAUCUCUUUUGAGUGAUAUGUGUUUCUAAGAAGAACCUGUGGACUCAAUGUUUCGAACACUAUAGUCAGUCCGUCUUCAGGAGACUGCUGGAUUCUAACUACUGCUUGACUAAAUGGUUACCGUGGAUGUAUAAUUACUGUUAACGGUUAUCCAGGCUUUCCUGGUGUCACGUUUCUGUUCAUCGAACGAAUUCAAGUUAUUUCCGAAGAUAAUCAAACAAAGUUAUUUUCGAAGAUAAUAAAUAUAUCUAUAGUUGUGGCAAGGAAAUGCCAUAAGUAAUUAAACAAAUUUUAUUUCAAGGAUAACUUUUUUAUUGUGUAUUUUAGCAAAAUGUCACAAGACAGUUAUUCCCUGUGCAAUAAAGUAUGAUACGAAGCAAAUAAUGUGAGAGUUUUCACGUUC